ACAACUGUAACUUGUGUUCAUUUCUCGAGAGGCCUUUUUUUUAUUGUGGUGCAAGAAAGGGUGUGAAUGGUGAGGGUGGGUGCAUUUUUAAUUCUUGGCUUUUUCAGAGGAAUAAGUCAUGCACUAAUGCAGACUUUAAAAAAUAACCCAACUGGUACGACUAAGUCAACAAGUCGGUAUCAAGCAAUAUUUCAUAAGAAUUUCAAAUGUUUUCCAACUUUGUAGAGCUUCAAAGUGCAUGGAAACAUCAAUCUUGCUGUUUUGUUGUCAAACAUAAUUCCUCCAGUUCCCUGUCUGCUUCCUUCAAAGUCCAUCCAUCCAUUAUCAAUACCGCUUAUCCUCAUUAGGGUCGCGGGGGCGCUGGAGCCGAUCCCAGCUGACAUAGGGCGAAGGCAGGGGACACCCUGGACAGGCCGCCAGUCCAUCGAGGGCACAUAUAGAGACAUACAACCAUUCACUCUACAUUCACACCUAUGGGCAAUUUAGAGAUCAAUUAACCUGACGGCAUGUCUUUGGACUGUGGGAGGAAGCCGGAGAACCCGGAGGGAACCCACGCUGCCACGGGGAGAACAUGCAAACUCCACACAGAAGGACCGCCUCGACCGGGAAUUGAACCCACGGCCCUCUUGCUGAGUUCAAACCACAUAUCUUUAUUGUGGCAGAAGGAGCCUACAGGAAUGUCCAGGGCCAGCUGGAGCCAGUGAACCAAUCCUUGGUGGUCAGUGGGGAGAGCGGCGCAGGAAAGACAUGGACGUCUCGUUGCCUGAUGAAAUACUACGCCACCGUGGCGGCGUCCAGCUCAGUGGUGAAGAGUCAGGACACAGUGGAGAGGAUAGAGAGGAGGGUGCUGGAUUCCAACCCCAUCAUGGAAGCUUUCGGCAACGCCUGUACGCUACGGAACAACAACAGCAGUCGCUUUGGGAAGUACAUCCAGCUCCAGCUGGACAGGUGUCAGCUGUUAGUUGGGGCGUCUGUGCAAACCUAUUUGCUAGAGAAGACCAGGGUGGCCUGUCAGCUGGCUAAUGAGAGGAACUUCCACAUCUUUUACAAGAUGAUGAAAGGGGCCACAGAUGAGCAGAGGAAGGAGUGGAAGAUGCCAUGUGGGCAAUGUUUUGUGUGGCUGCCAAAUUCUGAAAAAACUGUUGAGGAGGAUUGUUUUCAUGAGACGGUCGAGGCUAUGGUUCAUCUGGGCAUUAAUACAGAAAGGCAAAGUCAAAUAUUCAGGAUAUUAGCAGGGAUUCUGCAGCUGGGGAAUGUGAACUUCUACUCUUCAACAGAUGAAUCCCAACCUUGUAGUCUAGAUGAACAAUCCAAAGACUUUUCUCAAAGGGCGGCUGAGCUGCUGUGCGUCCCCGCCGAGGAGCUUCAGAUGUGUUUAAGAGUGAGGACGUUGAAGGCGGGGAAGCAGAGCGUCCUCAAGCCCUGUUCCCAGGCCGAGUGCAGCAUGAGGAGAGACUGUCUGGCCAAGGUCAUCUACGCUCAAUUAUUCGAUUGGCUGGUUACGUUCAUCAACAACAGCAUAUGUGCAGACAAAUCCACUUGGUGCAAUUUCAUAGGAGUUCUGGAUGUGUACGGGUUUGAAUGUUUCCAGAAUAAUAACCUGGAGCAGCUGUGCAUCAACUACGCCAAUGAGAAACUGCAGCAGCACUUUGUGUCUCAUUAUCUCCGAGCUCAGCAGGAGGAAUAUGUGUCAGAGGGGUUAGAGUGGUCCUUUGUCAAAUACCGAGACAACCAGAGCUGUCUGGAUCUUCUUGAGGGAAGUCCUGUCGGUGUGUUUUCUCUUCUUAAUGAGGAGAGUCGACUUAAUCGAGUCUCGGACGCAAAGACGUUGCGGGUUCGUUUGGAGAAGGAGCUCUGGGAAAACGCCAACAUCAGCUGGGACAAGUUCAGCAAGGAGCCGCACUUUACUGUGGCCCACUACGCUGGCAAAGUCCACUACCAGAUACAGGGGAUGGUGGAGAAAAACAAGGACCCAGUGCCACCGGAGCUCACCAGCCUGCUUCAGAAGUCUGACAACCCUCUGCUUCACCAGAUCUUCACUGAUAAGGAAACUGAGAACCCAACGACCAAAGGGCUCAGUAAAGUCACGGUGUUCUCCAAGUUCAAGAACUCUCUGGAGAGCCUGAUGAAGAUCCUCCACACCACAACUCCUCACUACACUCGCUGCAUCAAACCUAACCCGGACUGUAAGCCGCUGACCUUCAAAAAGGAGGAGGUCAUCAUGCAGCUGGAGGCCUGUGGGAUCGUGGAGACUAUUCAUAUCAGUGCUGCUGGCUUUCCAAUAAGAAUUCCUUUCGAAGGCUUCAUGCAACGUUAUGGACUGAUUGCCAAACAUUCCAUUUUGAAAUCGGGGAGUUUUGAUGCGCAGGCUGACAGCAGCGACGUUCUCCGGCGGGAGGUGGAGAAGCUCCUGAGCGUUGUGCUACAGCACAAGGCGUUUGACCCCUCACACAACCUAGACGGCGAAAAACCCAAUUUAUGGGUGCACUGCGGAAGGACUAAAGUGUUUCUCACCCAGUUGAUGCUAGAUUCGCUGGAGGAUCAGAGGAAGAAGAUCCUGUCCCAGUGUGCCUUCACCAUUCAGUGCUGCUGGCUGAAGCACCAGAGUCGCAGACGUCACGCGCGCCAUCAGUCUGCUACUCUGAUCCAAGCAGUGGUGCGGUCGUGGCUGGUCAGGAGGUGGGUCCAGAGACGCAACAGCGCAGCUGCAGUCAUCCAGAACACCUGGAGGAAGUGGAGGGCCCUAUUGAAAUCCUUGGCCGAGACGGAACUAGAUGACGCCAAGGACCUUGCGGAGCGGGACUUGCCAGUAUUGAACCCUGUUAUCAGGGAGCGGGGCUCCGUGCAGCUCUCCUCCAUCCAGAAGCCCGUCACAGUGCGAGGGUGGCCAAUGGGCCUGGCUCUGGCCUCCACCCCGUCCAUCACCAUGUCUCUGACAGCCACAGGCUUCCAGAAGAUGGUGUCUGUCAUGGCCUCCCUCCACCUGCCCUCCCAGAGAGGGGAGUAUACUGUGAAGCCCAAUCAGUACUCGCAGGAGCUCGCCUCCAUACGGGCUCAACCCAAGGGAUCUGUAAAGCUGCACUAUCAGCGCUCUCCACUUCUCUACGCUGACACGCAACCAGACAUGAAGAGUGACGUGACGGGGUUCAACGCGAUCCUGCUAGAGAAAACUUUGUAAGCGUUCCCACUCUGCUGAACACUAAAGGUGGAAUACAUGGACAUGUCAUUGCAGUGCAGCAUCUGCUCUUCCAUAAUCUGACAGGGACCUGCUGUCAUUUUGUUAAAUGUGUUUGAAAGUCAUCAUUCACAGCUUUCUUGAAUAAUGCCAAAUUUGGAUGCAAAGGACCUUUACCCUGGCUCAAAUUGUUUUUUUCACCCACCAGGUUAGGUAACAUAAUGUGCCUUGACCUUAUCAUAAACCAUCUGUAGUCACCUUCAGGCUCCAGGGACUAAAAAAAAGUGUAAAGAAAAUCAUAUCUGAUUCUAAAUCACAGACCGUAGACUGUCCAGAUAACUGACCACUAACCUGCCACAUCUGAGAUCAGACCUAAUCAUUGGACAGAGUUAUGUCACUGCAGGACGGAGCCUUUGGUCCCCGUUUGGAAUCCUGUAAUUAAUAAAAUCAUAGCACCUUUAAAACAGGACCUCAGGUUUUUGUAUAACUUUCUUUUGGACUAUCUAACUAUUGGGCCUUUGACAAGUGCCUUCCUUAAAAUCUACACCCUGUCAGAUACAGAUUAUAUCGCAACAUCCUGCAUAUAUUUUGAGUGUUAUGUGUGUGUGUGGGCGGGGGGGAAUCAGGGUGUAUUCAGCAAGUAUUGCACAUGUAAAGCACAUAUUGCACAUUAAAACCAGACCUGCUGACAUACGGACAUCGAGAAGACACAUGACUCGUGUGAAAAAGGGAAAGGUUAAACCAAGGUUUAUUGAAAUUGCUUUUUAUAUAUAUACACACAUCUGUAAAAUAUUUGCCUAAACCAUUGUAUUUUAAACGGCUGCAGUCCAACACAUUAAUCCAAGUACUUUUACACGAGUGCUGUUUGAGAACUCGAGCCAUGAUAGCGUCACAUUUGACUAUGCAGAACAUAUUUUGCUUUAAGUAAUGUUUCAUGUACCGUAGAACACGUUUUGAACUUGUGCAGACUGCUGUUAAUUCCUUUAAUAUCUUCAUUGGCUCUUUUCCAGCUAUAGUCACUCAGUCAUGACAGUUUGAAAUGUGUAGUGUACCAAGGGAUUAAUGUAUAUCAUGACACGUUAAUAUUUAAAUGUCGGUGUUAAUAAAAAUGUAAUGGAUACAU